GUAUGGGACAUGCACAUGGAUGGAGCACCUGUUGCGACUUUUAAGAUGCAUGAGUUUCUCCUCCCUAAGCUUUCUGAGUUGUACAAUAAUGAUUCCAUCUUUGACAAAUUUGAUUGCUGCCUCAGUAGUGAUGGCCGUCAAUUUGCUAGCGGUUCUUACAGCAAUACAUUCAGAAUUUUCUCUCGUGAUGAUGGGCAUGAAGUUGGACUUGUAUUGAACGUUAGCAAAAAUGCACCCAGGUCAUCUCAUUCUACUAAUCCUAGAACUGCAAGAAGACUGCCAGGCUUUGCAUGGGGAAAGCGAGGAAAUGAUAAUUCUGGCUGUGAAAUCAGAAGUAUUAUUCCAUGUGAUUUCACGACCAAAGUGAUCCACAUGGCCUGGCAUCCUACAGCAGAUAUGAUUGCCUGUGCUUCUGCAAAUACUUUGUAUAUGUACUGUUCCUAAUAU